AUGAGUGCUGUCUCUCUCUCCCCCUCUCCCUCCAGACCGUCUCUCGCCUCUCCCUCGCAACCUCAUAACCCAAUUUCUCUACGUCUAUACAAGGUUCUCGGUGCAAAUUUUGAUGAUGAGGCCACCAAGGAGGCCCUGCACGUGCUCUCGGAGCUGUAUGCGCCACCGCCCAGCGCGUCCGUACAUGCGAAAGGCAAGAGCGUGGUUCGAGAUGACAAGAGCAUAGAUCAAGACGGCCUGGAUGAGACCGACGCAUCUCGAAUAUCAGGGAAGCUCGCUGCCAGCGGUGUGGUUGCUGCUGACGACGUUUCUGGGGACAUUGCUGCCCGCGCGCGGAGGAACCUCCGCCGGGACGUGGAGAACAAGCUUGCUGAGUCCAGUCGUAAGUUCCUGCUGGCAUUUGGAGAGGUUGACAAGCAACUCGAUACUUUGCACGGCCAUCUUGCUGCCAUGCGCAUGAGGUGUGAUGAGGCGCAGGUGCAGCUGGAAGAAACGAACGAAGCAUGCAAGUCUCUUUUAGAUCGAGCAGGCAGUCUGCGAGAUGAGAGGCAAGUGAUAACUACCCGACAGUCCAUAGUCUCCUUGUUUCUGUCGAAGUUCACCCUCAGCGAGGACGAAAAAGAAGCCAUCACCUCGCGGGACGUACCUGUCGAUCAACGGUUUUUCGCUGCCAUGGAUAAGACGCAGAGGAUCAGAGACGACUGUCGCGUCUUGAUGACUGGCGAGGAUGGUCCGACGAAAGCCGGACUGGACAUACUGUCUGCAACAUCUGGAUACCUGGAGCAAGCACACCAGAAGAUCUUCCGCUGGUGCUGCUUUGAGUUCCGGCAGAUGGGUCGGGACGCUCAGCUGGAAGUCAGCCCUUCUAUGUGCGAAGCCGUGCGGAGGCUACGACAUCGCCCCGAGCUACUGACCGAGGCGCUUACUUAUCUGUCUCAAACACGUCAAGCGACGUUGCUGACUGUGUUCACCGAGGCACUCACGCGCGGAGGUCCCGGCGGAUUGCCUCGACCGAUUGAACUGCACGCGCACGACCCGCUGCGAUAUAUGGGGGAUAUGCUAGCUUGGGUACAUCAGGCGAUUGCCGCGGAGCGAGAGUUCUUGGAGGGGCUCUUUGGUGUGAAAGGGGACGGCCGCAUGGUCGGAAGCGUGCGGACGUUCUCCCAGAGUGAAGAAGAAGAAUGGAUGGGUGAGCUGAUGGAUGCCGCUGUGGCAAAACUCUGCACGCCUUUGCAGAACAGGGUGCAGCAGACAGUGCGGUCACAGGAGAGCAGCAUCACGUCAUACAAGAUCGCGAAUCUGCUGCAAUUCUACACGUUGACGAUGCAGCGCACGGUUGGUGGAGAUGCAGUGCUUUUCAAGGCAUUGAAACAGAUGACGGACAUGGCGUAUCAGGUGUUCAUCGGUUCUAUCAACGCGCAAGGUCGUUCGCUGCUGCGCGUACCGCCUGAUCUCGAUGACCGAAGCGUCUCCCCACCGCUAGUCAUUCUUGACCACGCACAGGUGCUGCGUGAAGUCAUGCUAGUAUACGACUCGUCGUUACUUGGUGACGAGACGGAGGAACAAUUGCAUGCAGGCUUCCGCGACAUCCUCGACAAGAUGGUUGAUCCGGCGAUCGAGACUUGCCUCACAUCCGCCGAAAAGAAGCAGAAGCUUCAACCUGAAUGGGACAAGACGGUGUUCGUCCUCAACACCCUCACAUACCUGCAGAGCGUCAUCGAGCCAUUCGCGUUCACAUUCCAAAAGCAAGGUGUCAUACAAGGUUUGGUGGAAGCGAAAGUAUUGCAACUGACGGAGGAACACUACAAGAACAUUCUCCGGAACGCCGGACUGGAAGAAGUGCUCGUCGCAAUCGAUAGUCGUCAGCCGAGCGAGCCUCUAUCACACAUACCUGCCGCUCAACCUGCACGAGUCCAAGCUGCGCUGCGUCGCUUCUCAGACUGGCUUUCCGGACCGGGAGUCGUGGAAUCUCCGCGGCUGGCUCAGCUGACGGUGCAGAGUCUCGCGGCGCGCGUGCACCAGGCAGCACUGCAGCGGCUGGCGGGAGCGUACCGACGUCUAUGCGAGGAGGUUCGGAGGCCGGAGAACAGAUACGAGGCGGCGGCAACAUUACUAGGAAGUGAGCGCCCGUUCGGGCAGGUGCACCUGCUGUACCAGAUCUUCGGGCUACACGAGCCUGAGCAGGUGGACGAAACCACAGCUGUGUAG